GACUAUGCCAUAUAGGUCAGAUUUGAUUACGCAGCUUCAGUUUCUCCUUCAUCGGUGAGAUUAAUAAUGAACCAAGAGCUCGUCACCGUGCGAAACUCUGUUUAUUUUGAUUAUCUUGAUAUUGUCAUCCUUCCUACUUCGACGAAAGAACUGGAAGUGAACGGCUUCAAACGCUUCUCGCUCCUCAUGUCACGUGCUAGUAAAACAAGAUUAACCGCGCCCUACAACCACGUGGAUGCAGCAGACAGAACCUAGAAGACGCGUUCCAAGGUCCGUUCAAACCUUUCCGAGCCGGUUCAGUUUCGACAGGGAACACGCAUCCAAUGGUAUGGAUAAGCCGGAUUGGAAAGGUUGCAAUGGGUCUUUACUUGUACUAAAUGUAGGCGGUCGGAAAAUCCAUCUUCUAUUUUUACAUUUCUCUCACUUUUCUUCUAUCUUCGUAAAUCGAAUCUAACGCAAACACAUUAUUUGUGCCGGUGGGGUUUUUCGGAGAGAAGAUGGUUUGCGCACGGUAGGAAAACAUUUCCUCCGAUUUAUAGUGCAAAGUAGAAAAUCUGAACAGAAGAAAAUUUCUAUCCGUGCCUGCUGCCUGCUGUGUAUGUACGUAUUUCUCAUCUCUCGGCUUACGGCAGACUCUUUUCACGUAGUGACUUAAUCACUAGUGAAUGAAGCUGAUAGAGUGUGAUAGUGUGUGCUCUACAAACGAGAAAACUGGGAAGACGCUCUUCUGGGCACAUGGAGCAGUGGCAGAGGGUUUCAUUGAUACUGUGCAUCUUCGGAUUCCUGAAAGAGUUUCGACCGAGUGAACCGUUCGUGUUUCAGUUUCUGACCGGACCGUGGCACAAUGUCACCGUCGAACAGGUGGUUCAGGAUGUGUUUCCGAUCGGAACGUACUCGUACGUGGCUCAGCUGGUGGUAGUAUUUCUGAUUACGGAUUACUUCCGGUACAAACCGCUGAUCAUCGUGGCCGGACUGGCUGGUACGUUGGUGUGGAGUAUGUUUGUAUGGACUACCUCACUGCGGGCGCUACAGGUGAUGGAACUGUUCUACGGGACGUACAUGGCCGCAGAGAUUGCGUACUGGACAUACAUUUAUGCCAAGGUGGACCGAAAGCAUUACCAGAAAGUCACGUCACACAUCCGCUCGGCAACGCAGGCCGGCCGAUUUCUGGCUGCGACGGCCUCACAAACUUUGAUCUAUUACGAAAUUACCGACUAUCUUGGGUUGAACUAUAUUGCUUUGGGUGCGCAACUCGCAACUACGGUAUGGGCUUUUCUACUUCCACCCGUGCCCGAAAGUAUGUAUUUUCAUAGACAUCAGAAAGUUAUGGACGAGGAAAAGGAUUUGGAGCCACAUGAGCGGAUAUCUGCUACUUCAACCUGUGCUCGAGCCAGCACUUUGCUCUGGUUUCACUUCAAAUCUGCCUACACAAAUUUCACUGUCAUUCGGUACAGUAUUUGGUAUUCGUUGGCGGUUUGCUUCUACUACCAAAUCACGUCGUAUGUGCAGGCUCUGUGGUCUGCCAUCGGUGGUUCGGAUACCGUACUUUGGAACGGAGCAGUGGAAGCGAUACUUACUUUGAUGGGAUCUUUAGUGGCGCUACUGGCCGGAUUCGUUCCGCUGGAGUGGCUCCGAAUAAACGCAACCCUACUGGGUUUGGCUACCAUUGCUGCCCUACAGGGUCUCGGGUUGCUGAUAGCAACCGUUACCUCCAGCCUCAUGGUUUCCUACGUGGGAUACACUGUAUUCGGAAUCCUGCAUGCAUUCGCGAUUACGCUGGUCAGUUCGGAAAUCGCGAAACACAUCUCCGACGACAGUUUUGCCCUGAUCUUCGGCAUCAACACAAUGGUAGGACUGAUUUCUCAGACUUUGCUAACCGUCGCCAUUGUGGACAGUGACGGUUGGUUCGCACUGGACGUACGAGGACAAUUCACCGUUUACGCGUUCGGUUUUCUAUCGGUUGGAGUAGUAUUCGUAGUUUUCCUUCUACUAGAGUUAUGUCGGGGGAAAACACACCAGUCGGCGGGUCAGGGAAUUUAAAUUGUUUUAGCGCAUGUAGUAAUCUA